UGGCUCGUGCUGGCAAGUGUGACAGUUGGAGGUCACACACGGCUCCAGAGAGAGGCUGGUUCGUGCUGGCGAGUGUGACAGUUGGAGGUCACAUGUGGCUCCAGAAAGAGGCUGGUUCGUGCUGGCGAGUGUGACAGUUGGAGGUCACAUGUGGCUCCAGAGAGAAGCUGGUUCAUGCUGGCUAGUGUGACAUUUGGCAGCGGUUGGAGCAGACAUCUUGGUGACGGACAGAGAAGAGAGAGGUAACUUGCAGCUUACUGGGUGAUUUCUGCGGUCCCGGCAUCCUGUUUCUGUAAAUCAGCAGCUUGGUCAUCACCGUCGCAUCUUGUGUGUCUCCCCGGUUUCCAGUGGCUGUGUGAAGGAGGCGGUGCUAAACGGGGUGGAGAGGAGAUGGAGAGCCCUUUGCAGUGCAGCCAGACCACUAUAAUGGUGUGUACACACGAUAAUUAUGACGGAAUACGACCCAGCCGUACCGGACCUAGAGGAUGAAGACGAUUUGGAUGGGAAACUGAAUUACAAGCCCCCGCAGCAGAAGUCACUGCAAGAAAUCCAGGAGUUGGACAAGGAUGACGAAAGCUUAGCCAAGUAUAAGAAGUCAUUGCUGGGAGACGGGCUGGUAGUCUCAGACCCGUCAGCCCCAAAUGUGACAGUAACCCGCCUCACCUUGGUAUGUGCAGCAGCGCCCGGGCCAAUCACAAUGGAUCUGACAGGAGACCUGACAAAGCUGAAGAAGGAAACAUUUGUCCUAAAAGAAGGUGUUGAAUAUAAAGUUAAAAUCCACUUUAAGAUAAACAAGGAUAUAGUCUCUGGUUUGAAGUACGUGCAGCACACAUACAGGACAGGCGUAAAAGUUGCCAAAGCUACCUUUAUGGUGGGAAGCUACGGUCCCCGGCCAGAGGAGUACGAGUUCCUCACGCCUUUGGAAGAAGCACCGAAGGGAAUGUUGGCCAGAGGAAACUACCACAACAAGUCCUUCUUCACCGAUGACGACAGUCACAACCACCUGACGUGGGAUUGGAACCUGUCCAUUCGCAAGGAGUGGAAUGAAUAAAAUGUCUCUUUUCCUAAUCAUUGAAUAUUGAAUGCUGCCUGCAAAUGUCCACAAUACGCAUUGUCUCCGCGACCUUCAGCAAGGAAUGAUACUGAGCUGUGACCCCCACACGAUCUGCUGGCCACCAGCUGAAGAGACAAAGGGGGUAAUUCAGACCUGAUCGUAGCAGCAAAUCUGUUAGCAGUUGGGCAAAACCAUGCUGCACUGCAGGUGGGGCAGAUGUAACAUGUGCAGAGAGAGUUAGAUUUGGGUGGGGUGUCUUCAAACUGAAAUCUAAAUUGCAGUGUAAAAAUGAAGCAGCCAGUAUUUACCCUGCACAGAAACAAUAUAACCCACCCAAAUCUCACUCUCUCUGCACAUGUUACAUCUGCCCCCCCUGCAGUGCAUAUGGUUUUGCCCGUCUGCUAACAAAUUUGCUGCUACGAUCAGGUCUGAAUUACCCCCAAAAGUCUUCUAGAGCCUCUCACACAUGGGUAAAUGUAGGGGUGGAGCAGAUUCUGCCCUUGUGUGCAAUCGGUUGCUAAUAGCACUCUGCAAUUUUGUUAUUCGCCCUACCGACCCAGAGAUGUGUCUAUGCAGCCUUCUUCUCUUCAGUAAAAUGGCCAAAUGAGCAGACACGAUUAUGUGGGAGCAGUCUUAAGAGGGGGAUACGUCUGGCCAAAUCUAAUUAUUUAGCGCAAUCUGCCAGGAAGUUGGACUGCCCCAGGGGGAGAUUUAUCAAAGCUCAAAGAGAAAUAAAGUUAAAGAACUAACCAAUCAGCUUCUGCCAUGUUACAGGUUGUGUUUAAAAAAUGACAGUUAGGAGCUGGUUGGUAGGUACUUUAUCCCUCUCCACUUUAUCUCUCUAUAGUUUGGAUAAAUCUCCCCCCAGACCAUACCUGGGCACAGAGGACAUCAGCUCACAGCGAGCACACUUCCCUGCCGAACCUCCCAGCCAUUGCACUAAAUCAGGGAUUUGGCUCUCCAGCUCUUGUUGAACUACACAUCCCAUCAUGCCCUGCUACAGUUUUGCUAUUUGGCCAUGCUAAAACUGUUGCAGGGCAUGCUGGGAUAUGUAGUUCAACAACAGCCGGAGGGCCGCAGAUUCCCCACCCCUUCUCUAAAUGAUGCGACUCAGCCGGGCGUAUCCACCCUAUCUGAUCAUUUAAAUCCCGUUCAUAGCCGGCGAAUUCCUAUUAAACAAAAAAGUGAAAGUUACAUUUCUGCUUUCCGGGAAUGAUUGCGCUAAAUGCAGCACAAAUAAAAUGUCACGCAUGUCUCAGUCGCUUCUUAAAUGUCUCGUUAAACCUUCCUCUCUUAACCCUUUCUUGCCUGGCGGGUGCCAAAACUACCUGAAACCUGUUCUCAUUGGUGACACGGCUCCAACUUUGCACAGCAUCAAUGGUUACAUGACCCUGUGUGCACCUACACGUGUGUAAUAUGUGACUCUGGUGCUCGGGAAGGCACAUUUUGAUAUGUUAAUGAAAUAUAAUUAAAGCGCUUUGUGUA